CGCCUCGACUUAACGCGUCGAACUUGACGCUCCCAGCAAGGAAGAGGAGCUCGGCGGUGUACCGAAGAAUGUGGAGGAGCCCGCAGCGGGGACGACGAGCCUCGGCCGGGGUGCUCGUCGUGUCCGCCGGCCUGCCGCCGCCUCCGCCCCCGCGGCACUCAUGAGGCCGACAGCGAGGCGGAAAGCGGCCGCGGACGCCCACGACGAGGAUGUGCUGCUGCUGCUGGCAAGUGGGCUUUGCCUGGGCGCGUUCUUGCGCGGUUGACCUCGGCCGGAGCCAGAGCGUCUCGAAGUCGUCGUUUUAUGGGGCCAUCGUCGCCCUUCCCCUGGGCGGCGAACGUAGCGCUAUCAUGUCGGCCUUGGGCUCGGACGCUUGGUGGCGGAAGACGCUCUAUCUGACCGGAGGAGCUCUGCUGGCCGCCGCUGCUUAUUUGCUGCACGAAUUGCUGGCCGUCAGAAAAGAAGAAGAGUUGGGGUCGACAGACGCCAUCAUUCUGCAUCAGUUCUCCCGGCCCAAAAGCGGAGCCCCGUCCCUGUCCCCCUUCUGCCUGAAGACGGAAACCUACCUCCGCAUGGUCGACCUGCCCUACCAGAACUACUUCGACGGGAAGCUGUCGCCGCAGGGCAAGAUGCCGUGGAUCGAGUACAACCGGGAGCACGCGUGCGGCUCCGACUUCAUCAUCGACUUCCUGGAGGAGCGGCUGGGCGUGAGCCUCAACGAGAGCCUGACGCCGCAGGAGAAGGCCGUGUCCCGCGCCGUCUCCAAAAUGGUAGAGGAGCACUUCUACUGGACCGUGGCGUACUGCCAGUGGGUGGACAACCUGGAGGAGACGCAGAAAAUGUUGCCCGUGAGCGGGCCGCUGAGCGAGCUGCUCAAGUGGAUCCUGAGUCACGUGACCGGCGGCAUCGUCAAGCGGGAGAUGUACGGACACGGGAUGGGACGCUUCUCCAAGGACCAAGUCGACGCCAUGAUGGAGAAGGACAUGCGCACACUGGCCACGCUGCUCGGCAAUAAGAAGUACCUGAUGGGCUCCAAGAUUUCGACAGUCGAUGCCACGGUGUUCGGUCACCUGGCACCUGCCAUGUGGACUCUGCCCGGGACGCGACCAGAGCAGCUCAUCAAAGGCGAGCUGAUCAACUUGGCCAUGUACUGCGAGCGGAUUCGCCGCCGCUUUUGGCCCGAGUGGUUCGUGGACUUGGAGGACUUGCGCUACGCCGACGCGUCCGAGGGCGGCGCGUCGGCCUCCGAGCUCCCCGACUUGGGCCUCUACUCGCGCACGGACACCUCCCAGGACGACGACACGAGCUCGCGCUCCGCCCGCACAGCGCGCACGCCCCCCGUGUCGCCCGGCAGUGACCCGACGGGCGUCUCGCUGUACGACUCGGACAUGGACACGGAGUGCUCCGAAAUGGAGUCGCUCAAGUGUUGACCCAAGUCGGGGGGGGCGGGGAAAAAAACAAACGCAUUUGGGAAAUAUCUCCUCCACGUGGUCGUGCGCUGCAGCAGCUUGUGUGUGUGUGUGUGUGUGUGUGUGUGUGUUAGCUUACUGUAACCAUGGCAACUGUUUGACACCAUUGUUGUCCCUCGUGAGCCAAUGGCGCCACCUCGUCAUGUACAGAAAGGACAUGAAACUACACAAGAUUCAUAUGGACGGAUGCUCAUCAGUGUAAAUACAUGCAACUAUAUAUAGAUGCACACAACAUUCAUAUAAAUAGUAUAGAUAGCCUGCAAAUAUUGAAUAUUCAAUUCCCCGCGUGAUGGUGUAAAUACUUUCCCACCCAAAAUUGGUCCAGAGUCAGAAUGACAGUUAUUCAUUUGGAAAGAUUUCGAGAAAUUCUUCAAAUAGAUCUUAACCAGAUCUCGGAAUUAACUUUGCCUUUACGACAAUAAACUGUGGGUCCACUUUUUAAUAUUUUGAGUUGACUUGUAUUGUUUUACAUUCUUGCCUUAUGCCAUCCUUAUUCACAUUGGGCCUUGUGUUGUGUUAAAAGUAUUUAUUGAUAUUGAUUUGUUAUAUUUUACAUUUAUGCAUCAUUUUAAAAUCUAUUUUUGAAAAAG